UAGUUUAUUUUGGUUUAACAAAAAACUGGGCUGCGUCUACAACUCCCCGCACUUUCUUGCAGUCCUGGGCAGUGCGUAUAAUUUAUGUUUAAUUUAUAUUUUUCUUGUGAAUGCUGCUUAUAUGAUGCUCCGGCAAUAAGUUUUUCAUUGCACCCGUGCACACAUGGACUUGUGCCCAUGACAGUAAACUCAAAUGUGACUUUAAAUGCUUUUCCUAGUCAUUCCCCUGAGAUGUUAACGCCGCACCUCUCGCCACCGAUCCUGCCCGACCCUCAGCCCUCGGAUUUUAUCUCAGAUUUCCAGCAGCUGCGGCCUCCAGGCAGACAAGAGGGUUUCGAAACCGCGGAGCCGCGCCUUGUGACGGCCGGCGGACGCCGUAGGGUGACGUCAGCGCGGCGAGCAGAAGCCGUGCGCCCCCUGACCUUUGGCUGAGCUCAGGCGGCGAUGGCGGACGCGGAGCUGCCGAAGUGCUGCAGGAACCGGGGCGGCGUCCAGCGGGUGGAGACCAAGCUCCGGGCCAGCGUCGAGAAGGGCGACUACUACGAGGCUCACCAGAUGUACCGGACGCUCUUCUUCCGGUAUAUGUCUCAAAGUAAACAUGCUGAAGCCAGAGAACUUAUGUAUUCUGGGGCAUUGCUUUUCUUCAGUUACAGUCAGCUAAACAGUGCUGCUGAUUUAUCUAUGCUAGUAUUAGAGUCAUUGGAAAAGUCAGAAGCUAAGGUUACAGAUGAACUCUUAGAAAGUCUUGGUAAACUUUUUAGUCUAAUGGAUCCAAACUCGCCCGAAAGAGCAGCGUUUGUAUCCAGAGCAUUGAAGUGGUCUAGUGGAGGUUCAGCAAAACUUGGUCACCCUAAGCUACAUCAACUGCUAGCAGUCACACUGUGGAAAGAACAAAACUACACUGAAUCUCGGUAUCACUUCCUACACUCAGCAGAUGGGGAGGGCUGUGCAAAUAUGUUAGUAGAAUAUUCUGCAUCAAAGGGCUACCGGAGUGAAGUGGACAUGUUUGUGGCUCAGGCAGUCUUACAAUUUCUUUGCUUAAAAAAUAAAAACACUGCGUCACUGGUCUUCACAACUUAUACAGAGAAGCAUCCCUCUAUAGAAAAGGGACCUCCAUUUGUACAGCCCUUGUUAAACUUUAUUUGGUUCUUGUUACUUGCUGUUGAGGGGGGGAAACUUACCGUUUUUACAGUGUUAUGUGAACAGUAUCAGCCAUCUUUAAAGAGAGAUCCAAUGUACAUUGAGUAUCUAGACCGAAUAGGUCAGAUUUUCUUUGGAGUUGCCCCAAGACAGACUUCUUCAUAUGGAGGGUUAUUAGGAAACCUUUUGAACAGCUUGAUGGGUGCAGGAGAGGAUGAUGAGGCAGAUGGAGAAGGACCAGAAGAUGUCAAUCCUAUUGACCUUGACUAAGAAGAAAAUAAACUUUGAUAUAAAGAUCUAAAGACAAUAUUCCAGUGAAGUGUCUAAAGAACAAUCUGCUUGUACGAGAAAUUUUAAAAAAACUGCUAUACUGUGGGACGUUUUACAUGACCGUUUCAAUGAGCAUCUGCAAAGGGCUCUCCUUCUCUUUUAUGAAGGAGGUGCAAAUGAUGUUUCCUAUCUGUCUAUAUUGGAAAUGCUGUAUUAUUUAUGUUCAGUAGACAUUUCAUGGUUUAAAGAAUGGUUCCAUUGGCUGUGUGUUGACUGAUGUAACAAUAAGUUUUGUCUUUCUAGAUUAUUUUACAUAAGAUUUAAAUACAGCUUUGUACUGGGACGCUGAUACCACUGGCACUACACGUGAUGGCCUCUGCUGUGUCAAACAAAACCUUGAGCAAGAUGGUCAUUCAAAGUUAUGCCAACGAGCAUUGAGGCGUCUCAAACUGAUAAAACUAGUUCUCAUUUUACAAGGCAGAAUGGUUUUCAAUAGGAACAAAAGUACAGCUGUAAGGAUCAGCAGCACUUGAUUUUUACACAAGUGGUGUACCAGUUGCACACAGAUUACAAAGGAUCAUGCACAAAGAUGGGCUUAAUUACUUCUGAACCAAUAAACAAGAUUAAAGAAGAUUGUCGUCACCCUUAUUUUAUUUGAGAUGGUAAAUGUUGUGCUAGGAAUUGCAUCCAGGUGCUACAAGAAUGUUGUAAAUACUGUGUCAGGGCUGAUUCUGCAUGAUAAAGAUUUGCAUGCCAGAAAGAUACAAUAAUUUUUAAGCAUCAAAUUUUCAGGUGCUGAAACUUGUUGAAAGAUAUGUAUAAUGUUUCCAAAAUCAGGAACUGGAGUUUGUCAUAUGGCAAAAUACCAAGAUCUGAUGCAAUUGGAGUCAGUAACACAAAUUUUAGAGUAAAUGUAUAUUAUGCUUUGCAGACCUGAUAAUCGCAUAUAAUUGUCUUCUACACCAAGUGCUCUCUGUAAUUCUUAACCUUUGAACAUUUCAUCGGCCCAGUUUAGAGAUGGAGUGCAAAAUGGCUUUCUCUAUUGAAGUGAUAUUUCUGUUGAUAAAUUGGAAUGUUUUUUAAUUUCUGUAUUUAUCAUUAAAGGAAAAUAAUGAGUUCCUUUGGUACAAAGUCAGAACUUUUCCAGGCGAUGAAAUGUUUACAAUUUUUAGCAUGAUGAACCUCUUCACUACAGUUUUCAUUUGGAGCACUGAUAUCCAAAACACUAAACUCACCUUGGUACAUUGUACGUGAAAUAAGUAAUAUUUCUAAAAAAAAUUUGUUGUACUCAAUUUGUCAGAUGGUAAAUUUAAAAUAAUUUGUUUCAAAAAAUGUGUGAUGCAUUUGUUAACUGUUAAGUCUGGUGAAGAAUUAACAUGGCAGAGUCCAAUCAGCUUGUGCAGAAAUAAUUUUGUACUGCUUUCAUUUCCACUUGUUAAAAGGCUGCCCUUGGCUAACAUAAUUGUGGAACUUGGUUGUUAUGCAAAGAUUGCAGCAGAGGGCACUAUAAUUUGUAUCUGACACCUCUUUGAAUGAAGCAAUGCAUUCAGCAAAA